CAGCAACCCCCCCAACAUCCUCAUCGCAACCAUGCUGUCCGGAAUCCAGAAUGUACGGCAGACUGCCGUCCAGAUCCUCAACUUCGGGCUGGUCCUGAGCACCGCCUUUAUGAUGUGGAAGGGCCUCUCCGUCCUCACCAGCUCCCCCAGCCCCAUCGUCGUCGUCCUCAGUGGAUCCAUGGAACCUGCCUUCCAGCGCGGCGACCUCCUCUUCCUCCGCAACAACCAGGCCUCCUUGAACAUCGGCGAGAUCGUCGUCUACCAGGUCAAGGAUAAGGAAAUACCCAUCGUCCAUCGCGUCGUGAGGCAGUUUGGCAGCGGGUCUGAUUCGAAACUCCUCACGAAAGGCGACAACAAUAUCGCGGAUGACACGGAACUCUACGCCCAGGGCCAGGAUUAUCUCGAUCGCGACGAUGUCGUCGGUAGCGUGUUCGGGUAUAUUCCCUUCGUGGGCUACGUGACUAUUCUCUUGUCGGAGCAUCCGUGGUUGAAGACCGUCAUGUUGGGGAUUAUGGGCGUCUUGGUGCUUUUGCAGAGGGAGUAGCGCGUUGCCU